GCCAUUAAAUCCGGCAGCGCUGCGGCGGAGCAAGAGAAAUGAAGGGAUUGAACCCACCAUUUCUGCCACAAUGAUGCCUCCUGUCUCCUCCUUCCUUAUUCCAUUCCCAUCUCCCCCUGUUUUAUUCUCCAUCAUUUCCCCCCCUUUUCCUUCCCCUGCCUCUCUUUAAUUAAUUUGCAGCUUUUUUGUUUCUCUCUUUUUUAUAUUUACUCUCCCGUCAAUCAUUCAUCAUCAGUUCCCCACUCUGCUCUGCUUCCUAUAUAGACAUGGACGCCUACUAUGCCGGUUUCAUCCGAAGGAGAGACGCAGAGCUCUCCCACUCUAAUUCCGUCCCUUCUUUCUCCUCCUCUCUGCUUGACUCCGUUUAUCGCUCCAUUGAGGGCCGCACGGAGGAGCUCGGGGUUGAUUGCAGGGAUACCAUGAGGAAGAAACAGGGUAAUAAUAACAGUAAUGGUGGCGGCGGCGGCAGGGGCUCUGUUUCGAAGGGGAGGAAUGCCGGCCGCGAAGAUGGCGAGGGGUUCGGGAGGAUUGAGAGGUGGACUGGGGAGGAGCGUGCCGUGGCUCGCCGGAACUCUGCGGUGGAGGUGGACAGGAAGCUGAGUAGAAUGUGGAAUUCUAGCUCCAGCGGCUCCUCUGAUUCGAGCUCCGGCGUCUUCUCGUCGUCCGAGUUGGAGCCGGUUUCCGGCGUUCCGGCAGGUCCGUCGUGUUACGGCCUGCACCGGGGGAGACCGAAACCGGUCCGCACCGGCAGCGAGCAUCCUGGGAAGGGGAAGACGACGACCAAGAAGUCAAGAGCUCGGAAGAUCUCUGGCGAUCUGAAAAAGGUGAAGCAGCCGAUUUCCCCCGGCGGGAGAUUAGCCAGUUUCUUGAACUCUCUGUUCACGGCCAGGAAGGGGAAACUCUCCUCCGCCGCCGGCUCCGACGAGGACAGACGGGCGAAAUCCCUCAAUGCCUCCGCGUGCUCCUCCGCUUCCUCCUACUCGCGGUCCUGCCUGAGCAAAAGCACCACCACAAGCACCGCCGUCGCGCCUUCCUCUGCCGUGAAACGAUCGGUGAGGUUUUACCCGGUGAGCGUGAUCGUCGACGAGGACAACCGCCCGUGCGGGCACAAAAACCUCGACGUGCCCGUCCAAACAGAGAAGAACCGGCGGGCGGAGGCGGCGGCGAGGGACUUGCUGAGGACGUACCAGAAGAAAGUGGAAAAGGAAUUCGGCCUGACGAGGAACAACAACGUGAUAAAGAACCUUAAAGUGUACGAGGAAGACGAGGACGACGACGCCGACAGUUACGCGAGCUCCGAUCUGUUUGAGCUGGAAAAUCUUUCGGCCGUCGGUAUGCAGAGGUACGGCGAGGAGUUGCCGGUGUACGAAACCACAAAUCUCGGCACCAAUCGAGCCAUUGCGAGCGGGUUAAUUUUGUAAUGAUUAAAUAAAUUCAGACCCGAUUCGAUGUAUUUCCAUUUUUAAUAGUGUUAACUUAUUAUUAUUGGCUUGGAGGUAAUUAAUUAUAUUAAUUGGA